AUGGAGCGCGAUCUCGCGCGAGACCGACAGAAGAUCACGUUCGCGCGGCGGCCGAUCAGAGUCCUCGCCCUGUUCGCGCGCGUGUGCGUCGACGGCGUCCGCGGCGCGCUGCGCUGGCUGCAUCGACAUCGUUUCCUCGCGCUCUACCCGCUCCUGCUUCUCGUCGUCCUCGUCUCCCUCGCGGCUUCGAUAACCGGCCCGCACACGCCGUUCAUCACGGACGCGCGCAUAACGACCGAGUUCGUCGUGUGGUGGUUGGGCCUCGGCGUGUUAUCCAGCAUCGGGCUCGGGACGGGGAUGCACAGCGGGUUGUUGUUUUUGUUCCCGCACAUCCUGAAGGUGUGCCGAAGCGCCGAGGCGUGCGACGGCGUCGGGUUCGACACGCGGAAUAACAUGUGGUUCACGAUGGGCGGCGAGGAUUUGUUUGAGUGCGAUAAUGUAUCGAAAGAUGACACGUGGAUGAACGUGUGGUUGGCUGUGCUCCCCGCGGCGGUGACCUGGGGCGCGGGGACCGCGAUCGGGGAGAUCCCGCCCUACUGGAUAAGUUACCUCGCCGCGACCGCGGGGAAGGAGAACGACGAUUUAUACGACCUCGAGAACGAGGACGUGGGCGAGAUGACGCGGAUGCAGCGGAAGAUACACGACUGUAAGGUGUGGAUGAUUUCGUUCAUGAAAACGCACGGGUUUUGGGGGUUAGUCGCGAUGUCGUCCUGGCCGAACGCCGCGUUUGAUUUAUGCGGGAUCUGCUGCGGGACGUUCAUGAUGCCGUUCUGGUCGUUCCUCGGCGCGGUGCUCAUCGGCAAAGGGCUCGUGAAGGCACCGAUGCAAGCCGCGGUGAUGUCCACGGUGUUUAGCACCGGACCGAGGACGUACAUCAUAGGCACGAUCGCGAGCGCGUUCCCGCCGGGGUGGGGGGUCAGGGAUUUCCUCAACGACGGCGCCGCGAAGGCUAUCGGGAAGAUGAACGGGAAAAAGAAAACGGCCGCCGCGAAGGGGGGGUUAUCUCUCAGCACGAUGUGGGGGUAUCUGAUCACCAUAUUCGUCGCGUACUUCGCGACGAGCUGCAUAGAGCAAAUGGCGCAGAUGAAGCAAGCGAACAUCGACAAGAAGGAAGUGGAGAGGAAGCUCGGGCACAGGCGGAGCGUCCGAAGGAGCCUAGGCAGCACGCCGAAGAAGUACCUGUAG